UAAGACCUGUUAUGCUUUAGGCAUUAUGCUACUUGCCUCAACAUAUCAGUCUUUGGACAGGGUGGUUACGGAGCAUCCAUUGUAUAAGAUUGGGAACCACAUGUGGAUUGUUUAGUUGUGGCUCUUAACUUAUUUUUCAUCUCUAAGGAAUAAGCAAAUGUUAGACCCUCACUUAUCCUUAGGCAUAUUUCUUGUGACCUGCAAGGUGAAAUGUAAUCUGAUUGCCAUAAUGAAAUGCUUCCUAUCUACCGAUAACUGGGGGCAAUCAGAGCUUGACAUUUGGUCUUAUGGCAGAGAAAUACCUUGGUGGAUCAAGGAAAGGAUUGUGGAUAUGUUUGAUCUCAUGGUAUUCAGGACCAUGCUAUUUUAUGUCUUUACCACAACGAGGCUUUUUGUGAUUGGUGGUUCUUUAAGUCUUGCCACUGGCAUCUCUUCAGCUUAACCAUCAUUUUUUGUGAGAUACUUACCUUCCCUUUAGUGUAGGCAAUUCGAUCUCCACCAAACCAUACAUACCUUAGACUUUUCUACUGAAGUCCUUAUUUUCUCUAAUGAUGUUACUAUGCCGCGCAUAGAUGGUUUCCUUAAAAAAUAUAAAAAUUAUCAUGCUUCAUUUGUGAAAUUAAUGAUGAUGCCAGAAUUGCUUUUGACACCUGGUGGCCUUAGAGAUUUGCACAACUUGUUCCAAUUACUACAGGUGAUAUAGCUCAAGGUUUGCCCUUAAUUCUAUUUCGUCCUCAAGGAAGAUCAUUAAAAGGGAAACAAAAGCAGAAAGUUAUAAGCCCACUCUCUAUACCAUCCCAAAAGAAAAAACAAAAAGUCAACGAGCCUACCUCUUUUGGUAUUACCGGCAAAUUUCAAAAGCUAAAGCCUAUGUUCCUCUAGCUUUUACUUGAAGGUUGCAAAGAAAUAUUCUAAAGAGUGCCUUUAAUAACUUCGAGAAGGAUCCACUUGAAGUUUCAGGAGAUGAAAAUAUGGAAGACUCUGAAAAGAACAAAAGUCAUGAUUCUAGCGACUCUGAUGAUGAUCUUGUGGAUGGCGAGGAUGUUGAGACGGAUAUGGAUGAAAAUCCUACUCAUAUAGAGCAUCUAGGGGAUUACUCCCUCCCAAGCCACUUAUCUAUUUCUCCUCCUAUAGAGUGUGAUGAUAUAGAGCCUCACAUAACUAAAUCUCCGACUAUUAUUCUACCUAAGACUCCAGCUUCUCUUCCCAUGCCUCAGACACUGAAGGAAGAAGUUAAAAUUCAGGAACAACAAGCUCAAAGACAUGUUUCAAGAAAGUGAGAAGCUAAAAUCAUCUUAUGAAGAAGCUACUAAAGUAGUCCAAGACAAAGGUACCAUGUUACAAGCUAAUUAUCCUUUAUUUCAUGAGUGCAAUAAAAAAUUAGAGUAAGCAAAUCAUUUGAGGGAACAACAUCACUUCAAAUGGAAGGAGAUUGGCACCACCCUAUCUAAACAUUUAGACCUUUAGACUUUGGUCAGUAUGGCCUUACUUAUGUUUUUGAAUGAUGUCUUAGAUUCUAUUAUACCUUUACUUAAUUCAGACUAUUUUGGCAUUUAUGAUGUGACUUAGUGUAUUUGUGCUUUGGCCAUUCAUUCUCCUUUUAUGAUUAAGGCCAUGUAUUAUUGUGAAAUGUCUAUU